CGCGCUGCACAUUCUCUCCUGGCGGCGGCGCCACCUGCGGCAGCGUUCGCCCGAACAUGGCGACACGGAGCAGCAGGAGGGAGUCCCGACUCCCCUUCCUAUUCACCCUGGUCGCGCUGCUGCCGCCCGGGGCUCUGUGCGAGGUGUGGACGCAGACGCUGCACGGCGGCCGCGCGCCCUUGCCCCAGGACCGGGGCUUCCGCGUGGUGCAGGGCGAGCCGCGCGAGCUGCGGCUGUGGGCGCGCGGGGGGCCCCGGGGGGCGGACGAGAAGCCGCUCCGGAGGAGACGGAGCGCUGCCCUGCAGCCGGAGCCCAUCAAGGUGUACGGACAGGUUAGCCUGAAUGACUCCCACAAUCAGAUGGUGGUGCACUGGGCCGGAGAGAAAAGCAACGUGAUCGUGGCCUUAGCCCGGGACAGCCUGGCACUGGCGAGGCCCAGGAGCAGUGACGUGUACGUGUCUUAUGACUAUGGAAAAUCAUUCAAGAAAAUUUCCGAGAAGUUGAACUUCGGCGUGGGAAACAGCAGCGAAGCCGUGAUCGCGCAGUUCUACCACAGCCCCGCGGACAACAAGCGUUACAUCUUUGCAGAUGCUUAUGCCCAGUACCUCUGGAUCACGUUUGACUUCUGCAACACCCUCCAAGGCUUUUCCAUCCCAUUCCGGGCAGCCGACCUCCUGCUGCAUAGCAAGGCCUCCAACCUUCUCCUGGGCUUUGACAGGUCUCACCCCAACAAGCAGCUGUGGAAGUCGGAUGAUUUUGGCCAGACCUGGACCCUGAUUCAGGAACACGUGAAAUCCUUUUCUUGGGGUGUUGAUCCCUAUGACAAGCCGAACACCAUCUACGUCGAGCGGCACGAGCCCUCUGGCUACUCCACGGUGUUCCGAAGUACAGACUUCUUCCAGUCCCGGGAGAACCAGGAAGUGAUCCUGGAGGAAGUGAGAGACUUUCAGCUCCGGGACAAGUACAUGUUUGCUACCAAGGUGGUGCAUCUCCUGGGCAGUCCGCAGCCGUCUUCUGUCCAGCUCUGGGUCUCCUUUGGCCGGAAGCCCAUGCGAGCGGCCCAGUUUGUCACAAGACAUCCUAUUAAUGAAUAUUACAUCGCAGAUGCCUCCGAGGACCAGGUAUUUGUGUGCGUCAGUCAUAGUAACAGCCGCACCAACUUGUACAUCUCGGAGGCAGAAGGGCUGAAAUUCUCCCUGUCCUUGGAGAACGUGCUGUAUUACAGCCCAGGAGGGGCGGGCAGUGACACGCUGGUGAGGUAUUUUGCAAAUGAGCCAUUUGCUGACUUCCACCGAGUGGAAGGGUUACAAGGAGUCUACAUUGCUACUCUGAUUAACGGUUCUAUGAAUGAGGAGAACAUGAGAUCAGUCAUCACCUUUGACAAAGGUGGCACGUGGGAAUUUCUUCAGGCUCCAGCCUUCACAGGAUAUGGAGAAAAAAUCAAUUGUGAGCUCGCCCAGGGCUGUUCCCUCCACCUGGCCCAGCGGCUCAGCCAGCUGCUCAACCUUCAGCUCCGGAGGAUGCCCAUCCUGUCCAAGGAGUCCGCUCCCGGGCUCAUCAUUGCCACUGGGUCAGUGGGAAAGAACUUGGCAAGCAAGACGAACGUGUACAUCUCCAGCAGUGCGGGAGCCCGAUGGCGAGAGGCACUUCCUGGACCUCACUACUAUACUUGGGGAGAUCAUGGCGGCAUCAUCAUGGCCAUCGCCCAGGGCAUGGAAACCAAUGAGCUGAAAUACAGUACCAACGAAGGGGAGACCUGGAAAACGUUCAUCUUCUCCGAGAGCCCAGUGUUUGUGUACGGGCUCCUCACGGAACCCGGCGAGAAGAGCACUGUCUUCACCAUCUUUGGCUCCAACAAGGAGAAUGUCCACAGCUGGCUGAUCCUGCAGGUCAAUGCCACGGGUGCCUUGGGGGUUCCCUGCACGGAGAAUGACUACAAGCUGUGGUCACCGUCUGAUGAGCGGGGCAACGAGUGUUUGCUGGGACACAAGACUGUGUUCAAACGGAGGACUCCCCACGCGACGUGCUUUAACGGAGAGGACUUUGACCGGCCCGUGGUCGUGUCCAACUGCUCCUGCACCCGAGAGGACUAUGAAUGUGACUUUGGCUUCAAGAUGAGUGAAGAUCUGGCAUUAGAGGUCUGUGUUCCGGAUCCUGAGUUUUCUGGGAAGUCAUACUCCCCUCCUGUGCCUUGUCCUGUGGGUUCUACAUACAGGAGAACAAGAGGCUAUCGGAAGAUUUCUGGGGACACUUGUAGUGGAGGAGACGUUGAAACACGGCUGGAAGGAGAACUGGUUCCGUGUCCCUUGGCAGAGGAGAAUGAGUUCAUCCUGUACGCCGUGCGGAAGUCUAUCCACCGCUAUGACCUGGCCUCAGGAGCCACGGAGCAGCUGCCUCUCACUGGCUUGCGGGCCGCAGUGGCCCUGGACUUUGACUAUGAGCAGAACUGCUUGUAUUGGUCUGACCUGGCCUUGGACAUCAUCCAGCGCCUCUGUCUGAAUGGGAGUACGGGGCAAGAGGUGAUCAUCAACUCCGGCCUGGAGACCGUAGAAGCCUUGGCUUUUGAACCCCUCAGCCAGUUAUUGUACUGGGUGGAUUCUGGCUUUAAAAAGAUUGAGGUAGCUAAUCCAGAUGGUGACUUCCGACUCACGAUUGUCAACUCCUCUGUGCUCGAUCGGCCCCGGGCCCUGGUCCUCCUGCCCCAAGACGGGGUGAUGUUCUGGACUGACUGGGGAGACCUGAAGCCAGGAAUUUAUCGGAGCAACAUGGACGGUUCUGCUGUGCAUCGUCUCGUGUCAGAGGACGUGAAGUGGCCCAACGGCAUCGCUGUGGAUGACCAGUGGAUCUACUGGACAGACGCCUACUUGGACUGCAUCGAGCGGAUCACCUUUGAUGGCCAGCAGCGUUCCGUCAUCCUGGACAGCCUCCCCCACCCCUACGCCAUCGCCGUCUUAAGGUGGGGCCUCCUUGCUGCCACCUUGGGCGGUCUGUUAGAGCUGGGGAAGAGUAAUGAAAUCUACUGGGAUGAUUGGUCGCAGCUCAGCAUCUUCCGAGCUUAAUACACCGGCUCUCAGAUGGUGAUUCUGGCGAGCCAGCUCACGGGGCUGAUGGACAUGAAUUUCUACAAGGGGAAGACGACUGGAAGCAACGCCUGUGUGUCCAGGCCGUGCAGCCUGCUCUGCCUGCCCAGGGCCAACAACAGUAAGGCUGCCGGUGUCCGGAGGGCUUGUCCAGUCACUGUCCUCCCGUCCGGGGACCUGAUGUGCGACUGCCCGCAGGGCUAUCACGGGGAGAACGGCACCUGCAUCAAAGAAGAACCCUGUCUCCGUAACCAGUACCGCUGCAGCAACGGGAACUGUAUCAACAGCAUUUGGUGGUGCGACUUUGACAACGACUGUGGCGACAUGAGCGAUGAGAGAAACUGCCCUACUACCGUUUGUGAUCCGGAUACCCAGUUCCGUUGCCAGGAGUCCGGGACCUGCAUCCCCCUCUCCUACAAAUGUGACCUCGAGGAUGACUGUGGAGACAAUAGCGAUGAAAGUCAUUGUGAAAUGCACCAGUGCCGGAGUGACGAAUACAACUGCAGUUCGGGCAUGUGCAUCCGCUCCUCCUGGGUGUGUGACGGGGACAACGACUGCAGAGACUGGUCUGAUGAAGCAACAUGCACCGCCAUCUACCACACCUGCGAAGCCUCCAACUUCCAGUGUCACAACGGGCACUGUAUCCCCCAGCGGUGGGCGUGUGAUGGCGACAUGGAUUGCCAGGACGGUUCUGAUGAGGAUCCCGUGAAGUGCGAGAAGAAGUGUAACGGCUUCCGCUGCCCGAACGGCACCUGCAUCCCCUCCAGCAAGCAUUGUGACGGUCUGCGGGACUGCUCGGACGGCUCCGAUGAGCAGCACUGUGAGCCCUUGUGCACGCGCUUCAUGGACUUUGUGUGCAAGAACCGCCAGCAGUGCCUUUUCCACUCGAUGGUGUGUGACGGGAUCGUCCAGUGCCGCGACGGCUCAGACGAGGACGCGACGUUCGCAGGAUGCUCCCAAGACCCUGAGUUCCACAAGGUGUGCGAUGAGUUCAGUUUCCAGUGCCAAAACGGAGUGUGCGUCAGCUUGAUUUGGAAAUGCGACGGCAUGGACGAUUGCGGCGACUACUCUGACGAAGCCAACUGCGAAAACCCCACAGAAGCCCCAAACUGCUCCCGCUACUUCGAGUUCCAGUGUGAGAAUGGCCACUGCAUCCCCAACAGGUGGAAGUGUGACAGGGAGAACGACUGUGAGGACUGGUCUGAUGAGAAGGACUGUGGAGAUUCACACGUUCUUCCCUCCCCGACGCCCGGGCCCUCCACAUGUCUGCCCAAUUACUACCGCUGCAGCAGUGGGGCGUGCGUGAUGGACAGCUGGGUAUGUGAUGGGUACCGAGAUUGUGCAGAUGGCUCAGACGAGGAAGCCUGCCCCUCGCCUGCAAAUGUCACUGCUGCCUCUACUCCCACUCAGCGUGGGCGCUGUGACCGAUUUGAAUUCGAGUGCCGCCAGCCAAAGAAGUGUAUCCCCAACUGGAAACGCUGUGAUGGCCACCAGGAUUGCCAGGACGGCCAGGACGAGGCCAACUGCCCCACACACAGCACCUUGACCUGUAUGAGCAUGGAGUUCAAGUGUGAGGACGGCGAGGCCUGCAUCGUGCUCUCCGAGCGCUGUGACGGCUUCCUGGACUGCUCAGACGAGAGUGACGAGAGGGCCUGCAGUGAUGAACUAACUGUAUACAAAGUACAGAAUCUCCAGUGGACAGCUGACUUCUCUGGGAAUGUAACUUUGACCUGGAUACGGCCCAAGAAAAUGCCCUCUGCUUCUUGUGUCUACAACGUCUACUACAGGGUGGUUGGAGAGGGCAUAUGGAAGACUGUGGAGACCCACAGCAAUAAAACAAGCAUGAUAUUGAAAGUCUUGAAGCCAGAUACCACGUAUCAGGUUAAAGUCCAAGUGCAGUGCCUGAGCAAGGUGCACAACACCAACGACUUUGUGACUCUGAGGACGCCGGAAGGAUUGCCAGACGCCCCUCGCAAUCUCCAGCUGUCGCUCCACAGGGAAGAGGAAGGCGUGAUUGUGGCCCACUGGAUUCCUCCCGCCCACACGCAUGGCCUCAUUCGAGAGUACAUUGUGGAAUACAGCAGGAAUGCUUCCAGGAUGUGGGCGUCCCAGAGGGCUGCCAGCAACUUCACGGAAAUAAAGAAUUUACUGGUUAACACUCCGUACACCGUCCGAGUGGCUGCGGUGACUAGCCGUGGAGUAGGAAACUGGAGCGAUUCUAAAUCCAUUACCACCGUCAAAGGCAAAGUGAUCCCACCACCAGAUAUCCGCAUUGACAGCUACAGUGAGAAUUCUCUAAGCUUCACCCUGACCAUGGAUAGUGACGUCAAGGUGAAUGGCUAUGUGGUGAACCUCUUCUGGGCAUUUGACACCCACAAACAAGAGAAGAUAACUUUGAACUUCCGGGGGAACAUCUUGUCGCACAAAGUUACCAAUCUGACCGCUCAUACAUCUUAUGAGAUUUCUGCCUGGGCCAAGACUGAUUUAGGGGAUAGCCCUCUGGCGUUCGAGCAUGUCAUGACCAAAGGAGUCCGCCCACCUGCUCCUAGCCUCAAAGCCAAGGCCAUCAAUCAGACUGCAGUGGAAUGCACCUGGACUGGCCCCAGGAAUGUGGUUUAUGGCAUUUUCUACGCUACAUCCUUCCUUGACCUGUAUCGCAGUCCGAAGAGCUUGACUACUUCACUCCACAACAAAACAGUCAUUGUCAGGAGGGAUGAGCAGUAUUUGUUUCUGGUCCGGGUGGUGGUGCCCUACCUAGGGCCGUCCUCCGACUACGUUGUGGUAAGGAUGAUCCCGGACAACAGGCUCCCACCUCGUCACCUGCAUGUGGUUCGCACCGGCAAAACCUCGGCUGUCAUCAAGUGGGAAUCCCCGUAUGAUUCUCCUGACCAGGACCUGUUGUAUGCAAUUGCGGUUAAAGAUCUGAUAAGGAAGAGUGAUAGAAGCUACAAAAUAAGAUCCCGCAACAGUACUGUGGAAUACACCCUUAACAAGUUGGAACCUGGAGGAAAAUACCACGUCAUUGUCCAACUGGGGAACAUGAGCAAAGAUUCCAGUAUAAAAAUCACCACAGUUUCAUUGUCCGCACCUGAUGCCUUAAAAAUCAUAACAGAAAACGACCACGUCCUUCUGUUUUGGAAGAGUCUAGCUUUGAAGGAAAAGCAUUUCAAUGAAAGCAGGGGCUAUGAGAUACACAUGUUGGAUGGAGCCAUGAAUAUCUCAGCUUACCUUGGGAAUACUACUGACACUUUCUUUAAAAUUUCCAACCUGAAAUUGGGUCAUAAUUACACUUUCACUGUGCAAGCAAGAUGCCUUUUUGGCAGCCAGAUCUGUGGGGAGCCUGCUGUCCUGCUGUAUGACGAACUGGGGUCUGGUGCGGGUGCGUCCUCGGCCCGGGCGGCCAGGUCUACGGAUGUGGCCGCCGUGGUGGUACCCAUCCUGUUCCUGAUACUGCUGAGCCUGGCGGUGGGGUUUGCCGUCCUGUACACGAAGCAUCGGAGGCUGCGGAGCAGCUUUACCGCUUUCGCCAACAGCCACUACAGCUCCAGGCUGGGCUCGGCCAUCUUCUCCUCCGGGGACGACCUGGGGGAAGAUGACGAAGAUGCUCCUAUGAUAACUGGAUUUUCAGACGACGUCCCCAUGGUGAUAGCCUGAAAGAGCUUUUCCUCACUAGAAACCAAAUGGUGUAAAUAUUUUAUUUGAUAAAGAUAGUUGAUGGUUUAUUUUAAAAAGAUGCACUUUGAGUUGCAAUAUGUUAUUUUUAUAUGGGCCAAAAACAAAAGACAAAAACAAAAAACAAAAAAAAAAAAGGAAAGAAAGGAAUGAGUACACUUUGUAGUCAUCAACUGUGAACUUCCAACCAGGUUGAUUUUAGUAACCAAAUUGCUUUAAUUUCAUAUUAAUGUAGUCUUACAGGGCUGUGCUUGCUGGGCAUGCUUUUAAGUCUGUGAGAUCAUUUUGAUUCAAUAAACUGGCCAUUCUUUUUAUUUUUCUAAGACACAGAAAUGUAUUUAAUAGAAAAACUUCAAGAGAGGGUGACGGGUGGGACCCCCCCCUCCUCCUUGAAGGUGUGCUCAAACUUUAAAUUUCGUUCAGAUUCAGUUUACAUGAAAGUGUGUGUGUGAUAGGGGAAGGUUCUUUCCUGUUACUUUGUUAAUUUAUUGGGACUCUGUAUAAGGCAAGGCUUUAGCGGUCAUCUGACACCAACACUGCCCGUUAGGAACCCCUCGCCUUGUAGGGUCGAGGGGUGGGGAGCCGCAGUAGUUUUGUCGCCACUCCGGAAGCAAUCCAUUUUUAGUCACUCGUGUGUCACCUGAUGGUAUUUGGCAGGAGAGCGCAUUGAGCCAUUGCUCCGUUUCAGUCAAACAGACAGCAAUUUCUUCUCUGACGCUGAGGGAGUCUUACUAUAUGCGCCUUUCACAACUACAAAAACGAUAGCCCUGCUUUAUUACACCCCGGUGUCAUGGCCCUUGAAAAAAAAAAAAAAAAAAAAAAAAUCACCCGGGUUGUGGGAGAAUCCUAGGUCUGUGCCAUGAUAGAUACACUGGCAGACAUAGUACCUGCUUUGUCCUUUUUGGCUUUUUUGUUUUUACUCACCACUGAAGAAUCUCGAAUGUAAAAUUUUGUAUUUGUGUUGAGGUGGCCACUUACUGUCUUUAAAAAUCUGCACUGAUAUAUGCAGUCAUUUUGAAUUGGGUCAGUGCCUUCUCUCUCUCUCUCUCUCUCUCUUUUUUUUUUGUUUCCUUCCACCUGCUUCCCCCAUACCCCUGCCCAGUUUAAAGAGUCCUGUUCGCUCUUAACAGAGAUACAGGAGAUCGACAAAUCCGAGACCGUUCUAUCCAGUUUGCAGCUGGAACAAGACCAGAGUUUAUUCUCUCUGUAGAACAAGCUGAGCUUUUUUUUUUUUUUUUCUUCUUCUGCCUUUAAAUGCCACCCUAGUAUUCAGUUCAUGGCCACUUGAUAGGUACGUGGAAUCCAUUGUGGACUGAUGGCCGCCCUUUAGACCUAGCGUCGUAGGCACCAAUGUCCGGCGUUGUUGUGACUCCUACCGUACGGACCUCACUGCAGAACCUCUCAGCCGAGAAGCAGUGAGCUCUGGGGAUAGUCCAAAGUCAUGUUUCUGAAUGUGUGUCCUUUACGUGCGAGCUUUGUAAAAACCCCAUCUCCUCUGGGAUGCUUUACAUCACCUUCUCACAAGUAUUUGCUUUCUUUUAACCAAAAGUAUCGUUCUUGGGUGAUAAUAUAGUUUCGCUCUAGCUAGUGGUCGUCUGGAAAACAAAGAGCCAGUUCCAUUUUUUUCGUUCUAAAAGUUUUAAUUUAUACAUGUAUAUAUUUUCAGGGAGGAGUGUCUUAAACUAUAGACAUGUAGCAUGUUGCGUGGGUAAGGCUCCCUUUUAUUUUAACACGUGGUGGUCAUGACGAGCCUCCUUCCACAUUUUCUCCCUUCUUUCUCUCUCCUUUGUUACUUUUUCAAAGAAUGGAAGUUCUUUGGUUUUAUCUCGUGUUGUCUUGGGGUUUUGUUCGGAACUCCAAGGCCUACCCCUCACCCCCACCCCUUUAAGUGAAGCUCUUUUAGUAGCUAAAAGAUAAACAGUCUGGUGGGAGGCAAGUCAUUUAAUUGAACUCCUAGAAAGUAUGUUUUCUUCUUCUCUUUUUCGGCCAACUUUUUGGUGGCAUUUGUGAAAGCUGAUAUAAAAGGCUCUGAGACUUUAUUUUCGGUUAUUCUGUAGGCAGGCCUUUGUUUACAGGGCCUGUGUCUCCAGUUGGCAACUUGAGAUAGAUACCUGAGCUUCCACUUCUCGUCUCCAGCGCCUCCCAGUGCUUAGUGCACAGUACUGUAUAGACUGGCCAUCACCCCUCUCCUCGGAAAACGCCACUGUGCUGUUUGAGAAAAAGCAGCCUUUUAGGGCUAGAGUAUUUUAUAUACACAGAAGAGCUAAGUUUCUGAAGACUAAGCUAGGUAGAUACAGCUUAUGUGCAAAUUGUAUAUUUUUAUGAACUUUUGAAGCACCCACUCUUCCUUCCCUCCGCGUAGCUUUGUGGGGUUGUGGUGUCUAUACGCUGUCUGCAGGAGUCCAGAGGUUGGAGUGACCAUAGGAAAUGAGAACGCAAACUAUGUGCAGCCUUUGAACGUGACCAGAUCAUUGUCUUCACUGUGACCAGUUGGAGCCCCUGGUUGUUUGUGAAGAAGGGGCUUUGUACCUCGUUGGAGAUGCCACCUCAAAAGUUCACACCGUACAGGAAAAGAGUUCUCUUCUCUUCCAGCGCACACGUUAGGAUGUCAGCAGCCCGCAUGCACGUGGACCACGACGGACCACGAACGGACCGCUAAAAUUUGGCAGGCAGGGGCACUGUGUACAGAGUUUUCUCCGGAAGCUGACUUUGCCCCUAUGGGUAUCGAAUGCCCCUCGAGCCUGAGGAGACACGGGUCCAUGCGGAUGACAUGACAAAGAGUAGAAUUCUGCAGAGGAGUCUGGGGAGAAGCCACGUCUAUGCAGGCAUUUCCAGACAGGUGAGAAGUUCCAGUAACUCCUGGCUGCCCCGGCAUACUGGGUACAUGGUUAUGAUGCCGGGAAACUGGUGGAAACUUGGGACUUUGGGGACAGAGGUUCCUGGGGUUCCAUCUCUGCUAGUAUCUCUAGGGAUAUUUGGGUGGAACAGGUGUGGGACGCAGAGCUACAUGCUCUCUCCUGCCCAUCAUCCUGGCCUAUUAGAUUAAGCUACGCUUCAGCCUGUUAAGGAACGUAACCCUUCUCAGAUAGCGGCCAUUCUGGGGGAACUGGGGAGGGCGAUGGUGUGGUGAGGCUCUUGUAGAUAACCACCCACCUCCCCUGGGAGAAUCUUACCUUCAAACAUCCACCCGGCGGUCACUCCAUCUUAUAAGAUGAUAGUCCCGGUACUUCCUUAAGGGCAGAAACCUCAUCUUGGUAGGUUUGGGUGGUCACUUUCCUACUAAGGGGAUCAUGGUGAAUCUCCGAGAAGAUUUUUCUCUUCCUUCGGCAGAGUCGGGAGACCCCUCACUCAAGGGGUCCAGGAGAUAAAUCAACCGAAUACCAUCUCCAUGUUGAUUUUCCAAAUUGACCCUCAAACCCUGUGCAGAAUCUUCACUUUGUUGAGAUUGUAUCUUGACAUUCCUAGCAUGUUAUUUUUCUUAACUGGAGUGUGUGCUGCCUUUCAGGUACAAUUUUUGUGUAAUAAAAGCCAGUGCAUUAAGUUCAUAUAGACUACUUUCUAUGCAAGACUGAGAUAUGGAAUAGAUAGCAAGAGGUAUGCAUAGUCGGGUACAUGGACAAUGAACACGUUCUCGGAAUGGGAACCACCAUUGAACGUGGGUUGAGGGAGGAUAGGUUGUGCGUAUGUUUCUGCCACCGAUUUUGAGCAGCCGUGUUAGGAAUUAAAUCCUCAGAGCCAAGUAACCAAGAAUGGUAUUUGUUUCAUGUACAAUAACGCAAAUGGAAUAAGUAUGAAUGCUGAGGGAACAUUAUUCUCAGAUAUUCCAUGUCAUUUCUCAUCUAAAGACUCUUGUUACAAAUUAUUAGAAACUUUAGGCAAAAUCGAAAGCAUUGGAAGCAAAACAAAGGCCUACUCUGCUCUCAUUUAAGUGAAACACCGUAUACUUGUUUCUCUCCAAGGUGACAUUAGGCAUUUAUGAUUUCGAUUGCCUUGACGCGUUUCCAAAUCACCAAUUUAUGCUGAAGAUUUUACUAUAUUGUUGCACAGUUUUACGAUAAUUUUUUGUCUCAAUGUCAACUUUUUUCACUGAAUAAAAAUUUAACUGGGUGAAGGAGACACCUAUAUGAGAACCCA